UGCAACGCUGGCUGGGCAUGUGUACGAAGCAGCACUAGUCCAGCCCCGCUUCCCGCCCACCACCCUCCCUUUUCCCCUCGGUCUGUCUCGGUCCGCCCGCAGCAUUCGCCUUCUGAGCGAGCUUUCACUAGAGAGAUGGCAGGGAAAGUGUGCAGAUCGAUGCUCCUCUUGUCCAGGAGCAGCGGAACGGUGGCAGGUAGCCUCCCCGCACUUGUUGUCUCUUCACAACGACACCAUCAGCACAUAAGACCGGAGUCCCUGUCUGCUCCACACGCACAGCAGACCGUAAGGAGGGCACAUGGACUACGGUCGGCCUGCCACCCCAAACUCUUCAGCCAGCCGCCCACUGCCAUCUCUCUACAGGUAUGGCGGGGUGCUCCUUCAUGGCAGGGCCAGAGACUGUUGUGUUCCUCGGCCACUCUAGAAGAGGUGACGGUCGUGUACCAGAACGGGCUGCCGGUGAUCUCGGUCAGCCUGCCGUCCCGGCGAGAGCGCUGCCAGUUCACCCUGAAGCCGCUCAGCGACUCCGUGGGGGUCUUCCUCCAACAGCUGCAGGCGGAGGACCGGGGGAUUGACAGGGUCGCCAUCUACUCCACAGACGGUGCGAGGGUGGCCUCCUCCACGGGGAUCGACAUCCUGCUCCUGGAUGACUUCAAGCUGGUCAUCAACGACUCCACCCACCUGGUGCGCCCCCCGCGGAGAGACCUGCUGGCCUGCGAGGAGGCGGAGCGGCUGAACGACGUGAAGUUCCUGGUGCAGCAGCUCUACACCACGCUGCGCAUCGAGGAACACCAGCUCGGCAAGGAGAGGGAGCUCAUUGGCCGGCUCGAGGACCUCAACACCCAGCUCCGCCCCCUGGAGAAGGUGAAGGACGAGCUGAGCCGGAAGGCUGAGCGUCGCACCACCUGGGUGCUGUGGGGGGGCAUGGCCUACAUGGCCACCCAGUUCGGCAUCCUGGCCCGGCUCACCUGGUGGGAGUACUCCUGGGACAUCAUGGAGCCCGUCACCUACUUCAUCACCUACGGCACCGCCAUGGCCAUGUAUGCCUACUUUGUGCUCACGCGCCAGGAGUACAUCUAUCCCGACGCCAGAGACCGGCAGUACCUGCUCUUCUUCCACAAGGGGCUGAAGAGGACACGCUUCGACGUGGAGAAGUACAACAAGCUGAGAGGGGACAUCGCAGAGGUGGAGUUGGACCUGAAGCGUUUGCGGGACCCUCUACAGCUGCAGCUCCCCGUGCAGCAGCUCACCGCCAGUAAAGAUUGAUGUGACGAGAGCAUCUCCCACACCUCCAACGCCCCCCCCCCCCCCCCCCGUAGACCCCCACCCAACCCGCCAACGGACCCCCACCUCCUCCGUCCAAAGCCCCCCCGCUCUGCCUCCUCCUCCACCUCUGACGAUUCUCUGAGGUGACCUCCACCUCUCCGACCUCCACCCCCCUCCAGCCUCUUGUUCCAACAAAGCCCCCGCCCCCCCCCCCCCUCCAAAGCCCCCCCCCCACCCCCAAAACCCCUACGACUCCCUUUUUUUCUCUUUUAUUUUAUUUCUUUAUUGACCGAAGACUUGGGUGCGAAUCACGAGUGGAACCGGUGAAGCAAAACACGAGAGGCCAGUUCACAGAACACGACAGAAACACUGAAGCUCUCCCCGUGGCGAAAGAAUCGAAAACACGCUUGAUUAAAAACCCAAGAAGAUGACCAUGAUGAGGAUGAAGAGGGAACAAACGGGGCAGGAAGGCUGAUCUUCCUCCCAGGGGGAGAGACGAGGGAAAUGUCGCACUUACACUGCUAAGGGGGAAAGAAGAUGGGCAGCCAUGACUUGACAGUGUGUGUGUGUGUGUGUGUGUGUGUGUGUGUGUGUGUGUGUCCGGGCUUGUGUGUGUGCGUGUGUGUGUGUGUGUGUGUGUGUGACUUACCCCUACGGGCCAGCUUGGCACAUACAUCAGUACCACCCUGAUAUAAAACCGUUGAACUUAACAAACGCACACACACGCAUGUAAACACAAACACACACACACGCAAACACACACACGCCUUUGUACACAGGCCUGCUCUGAUGUGGUUGGGGAGGGGGGGCUGCACCGAACGACUUCAUCCUUUGAAUACAAGUUUACGAGGAUGCCCACCCCCCUACACAAAAAACACACACACAAACACACACCUCUACCCCCCUUCCACGUGCACGGACUGGAGCCCCCGUCAGGCAGUCGGACGAACAGGGGGCCGGCAGUCGCUCUGAGAGGCUGAGAAUGUCAACAGCCUCAAUCCAUCCCUCUCUCCCUCCGUCUGUCUCUCUCUCUCUCUCUCCGUCUGUCUCUCUCUUUCUCUCCGUCUGUCUCUCUCUCCGUCUGUCUCUCUUUCACUCCGUCCGUCUCUCUCUCUGUCUCUCUGUCUUUGUCUCUGUGGCCCUGGAGGGUGAGGGUGGAGGGGUGUGGGGGUUGAGAGAGGGAGACAACCAAUCCCCUCCAUACCCAAACAUGACCUUAACCGGGACCGGGGAGUGGCCUCUCGUUAGGGCCUCUUGCUUGACUGGGGGCGUGGCCUCUCGUUAGGCCCUCUUGCUUGGAGGGGUCGUUGCCUCUCUGGAGGGCCUCUUUCUUGGAGGGGGCGUGGCCUCUUUCUUGAUGGGGGGGCGUGGCCUCUCGUUAGGCCCUCUUGCUUGAAGGGGGGCGUGGCCUCUCGUUAAGGCCCCUUGCUUGGAGGGGCAUAACGAGGGGCGUGGCCUCUCGUUAGGGCCUCUUGCUUGGAGGCGGGCGUGGCCUCUCGCUUGGAGGGGGCGUGGCCUCCAGUAAGGGCCGGCUGCCCUUAGGACCACCAGUACUACCGAAAAACAACAUCACUGUGUGUUCUCUUACUCCAAAAAAAUAUUUUGGCACUUUUUAUUUUGAAAGCCAUAGUAUAUUUGUUAUGAGAAAAAAAAAGUAAUAUAAAUAUAUAUAUAUAUAUAAAACUAUAUACAAUCAAUUCAAUGAACAGAGGCUAGUUUUUUUUCCCUCAGUGGUGGGGGGAGGAGAGAUCUUACAUCGGUGUUGUCGUUGGGAUUAUCUUUAAUAGUACACUGCCCACACAAACACACCACACACACAGGCACACGAAGGCACAUACAGGCAUGUUUGAGUUCCUUUGGAUUGAGUUAUAUGUAUUUUAGAGCUUAAGACCUUAAAUAAAUACAAAUAAAGCAUUUUUCCGUCGGAUCCUAAAGUCCGAUAGUGACUACACUUAUUUCCCAGGACCUUGCCAGCUAAGCGCCGUCGAGCAGAACGGACAAUCUGUCUCCGGACAGGGUGAGCAGUAUGUCAACGUCCGUCGAAAAAAAGUGUGGUUGACUGAUGCAAAAUAGUUCGGCAUGACAUCUAUGCCUUUUUAUUUGGGACACUCAAACACUUAUUUAAAACACUUAGUUAAAAGGAGCCUUAAAAAGGUCAAAUUAAAGUGCAGGAAGAACAGCAUCUCUGGUGCAAAUACUCUCCCCAGAGAUGCUUUCUCUUUCGGUUUACGCGUGAAUCCGUUGACUAAAAGAUACCAGUACGCCUCAUCCGAAGGCCCUUACACGACGCCACCGUGUGUAAACUUUGCGUUACUUCGGCCGUGUUGUAACAUCAGAUUUCUCCGCCCCCCCCUCCCCCACUGUUGCUGUAAUGCCCCCGAUCUACCAGUGGUAAAGCGAGGUCGACUGCAUGCUGUGGUAUGCCCUCAGUAGAAACUUGUGAAUGUGUAGGAGCAUCGUUGAAAUUUUGUACUUGAUUGGAUAGGUUUCUUUGCCACAUCUAGCUCCCAUUAACCCGCCCCCCCCUGUUAAGAGGUUAUUUUCGCAGACAAAAGCCAUAUCUAUGUUGUCCAUCUUUUGGGUUGACAUCAAGCGAAAAGCGUGUGUCGAUUUCACCCCAUUUUUGUUUCUUUUGUUUCUGGAUAGGAUCGCCCUUCUGACUCAUCGCGGUCGUGUCUGAACGCCUCUCUAAGUCGAUUUUUGUUUGACCACAUGCUGAAUCGAUAAGGCUUUAGCUCGCCUGUAUGGCCAGUGCAGCACAAUGACCCGACAGCCCUGUGUGUGUGUGUGUUGGAAGCAUGAGUCAAACACAUGGUUUGCUUUCUGCGGCUCGUCUGGGGUGCAAACACUGAUCUGAGAGCUGUUUAUAAAGGGGUUGCUGUGUGGGUUGAUUCAAGCGAUUUUUGUUUAGUUUUUUUGCAUGAUUUUUUUUGCCCCAAACAUCCGCAACUUAUUCAUGGGAAUCAGUUGUCAUUGAUUAGCCAUGCUACACAGUGGGGUCUGUGUGUGUGUGUGUGCGUGUGUGUGUGUGUGUGUGUGUGUGUGUGUGUGUGUGUGUGUGUGUGUGUGUGUGUGUGUGUGUGUUUGUGAUCUCAAAGUGCACUGAUGCCUUUUUUAAAUUUUCUGAUGGAAUUGGAUAUUAACACGAAAUGGGGCCAGUGGGAAUAUCAUGAUGAAAGUUAAGCUUUAAUAUAUAUUCAAAAGCAAAGUCAAGACCGGAGGAGAGGGCACCCAGUGUGUGUGUGUGUGUGUGUGUGUGUGGGGCCGGGGUGUGCAUUAUUGUGGUUCCACUGGUGUGCAUGGAUCAUCAAAACAUCGUCUUCUCAUCCCGGCUCGACAACUCUUGUUCGCCCCCCCACCACCAACAACACCAACACCGCCACCUCAUUACGAUCCCAUUGCUUUCACCUCCUGAGACAUGGCUCCGGUUGCAUGCACACACACACACACACACACGCAUGCUGUUUCCAGGGGGAUGUGAUUGAACAGGAGUUUUGAAGUCUGUCCGGGGUCAAACCUCUCGCCGAAUGGCUGUUUUUCUUUCUUUUAGACAAGACGUCUCGACAUUGUCACCGUCCUUCCCCUUUGGGUUUCAACCCCCUCCUUGCUCCUUCUCACUCUUGGUUUUUACCUCUUAUUGUUUUUUUUGUAAAACAAAAUAUAUCAAGUAUAGGGAACCUUAUUAUUCUCAAGCGGGUGUUGCAUGAAUGUAUGUUUACAUGGGAAAAUAUGUACAAAUUAAAAAGCUGAUUCAUCCCAACAAAAAAAAAGAAGAAAAAGAAAAGUGCAGCGAUAAUUUAAAGAAUGUGGUUUGUAGAGAUAACCUAGCUGGGGAGAAUCUGCGCCCUGCCAAAAAUCGUACUUUCCUUGCGGCGAACUUGUUGCGACCCAUCACCCUUCAAUUACCUUUUGAACUUUUCUUUACCUUGUCCCUGUUGCCCCCAUCAACCCCACCCUUCCCCCCCCCCCCCCCGCCCCCAGUUUUAAGACAUGUAGCCUGGAUCCACCGAUAUUCCCCUCAUAGGCAACAAGAGAACCUCUGUUUUUGGUGCACCCCCAAAUCUACACCCAUCCGUGGAUACAAGUCCAGAAGGGGAUUUUAGCACAGUGAGAUCUGUUCACAUGUCGGGGUUCAACUCCUCUAUCCUCCCACCCCCCCCCCCCCCCCCUCCACUGUUUCCACUCACCCCUCCUGCUCCUUUGGUUUACAUUGACAGUCAAAUCCCCCCCCCCCCCCUUUUUCUGAUUUCAGAAUUCUUUUAUUUUUUUGGACGUGUGUUUGUUUUUCAGAUAUCUUCGUUUGUGUGCACUUACAAUACGUUCAAAUUGCCUAAAGAGUGAAGUCAAAUAUAGAUUGAGAAAAUCUCGUACUUCAUUCUGACCUUUUUAUUCUUUCCUUUUCCUUAUGAGUUUUUGUUUUUUUCUCUCGACAUCUGAUGCUGUAAUGUUGGCAAAAAAAAGAGAAAAUGUAAAAUUCAUGUAUCAUUUAUGAAAUAUGUAUAAAAGAGAUAUGUAAUUCAGUUAUCAAUAAAAUCCUUAUCCAGUUUUUGGAAAUUGGG